AUGAGCAGUUCUAAGAAGGAAGGGAAGGCUGUACAGAAGGCCACAAAUGUGGUGUUCCAAGCUGGACAUGUCUCCCGAGACAAGAGAGGUAAAACUGUGGAGCAAGGGGGAUUCCGAGGCUGCACAAUAUGGCUGACGGGUCUGUCUGGAGCUGGAAAAACCACAAUCUCCUUCGCUUUGGAGGAAUACCUGGUUGGUCAGGGCAUCCCUUCCUACAGUUUGGAUGGAGACAACAUCAGAACAGGUCUCAACAAGAAUCUAGGUUUCUCCCCUGAAGAUCGCGAAGAGAACAUCAGACGUAUCUCAGAAGUGGCCAAAUUGUUUGCUGAUGGCGGUAUUGUCUGCAUCACCAGUUUCAUCUCACCAUUCAGAAAGGAUCGAGACCAAGCAAGGAAGCUUCAUGAAAGUGCUGGGCUUAAGUUUAUUGAGUGCUAUGUGAACACACCCAUCAACAUAUGUGAAAGCAGAGAUGUCAAGGGCCUGUACAAGAAGGCCAGGGCUGGUCAGAUCAAAGGAUUCACUGGUGUUGACCAGGCCUAUGAAGCUCCAGAUGCCCCUGAGGUGACCCUCAAGGCCGGAGAGUUGACUGUGGAUGAGUGUGUACAGGAAAUCAUUCAAAAUCUGCUUGAAAAGGAAAUUGUGCCAACUCAUGCGCUGAACUCUGUGAAGGAAUUGUUUGUGCCAGAAAACCGAGUGUCUGCUGCUCGUGCUGAGGCCGAAUCUCUUCCAUCAGUCAACAUCACAAAGCUGGACCUUCAGUGGACUCAGGUGUUGUCAGAGGGCUGGGCUUCCCCUCUCAGGGGUUUCAUGAGGGAGAGGGAGUUUCUGCAGAGUCAGCACUUUGGGUGCCUGCUGGAUGGUGGCCUGACAAAUCAGUCCAUCCCCAUCGUGCUUCCUGUACAGACAGUGGACAAGGAACUCCUGGAAGGGAAAGCAGCGUUCACCUUGAAGUAUGAGGGCAAGGCUGUUGCUAUCCUGAGAGACCCUGAGUUCUACAAGCACCACAAGGAGGAGAGGUGCAGCAGGCAGUUCGGCACCACCAACCCAGGGCAUCCAUACAUCAAGAUGGUGUACGAAAGUGGUGAUUGGCUGGUGGGAGGAGACCUCGAGGUGCUGGAGAGGAUCUACUGGAAUGAUGGUCUGGAUGAGUUCAGACUCACACCCAAAGAACUAAGACUGCGCUUCAGAGACAUUGGGGCUGAUGCUGUGUUUGCCUUCCAACUGCGUAACCCAGUACACAACGGCCAUGCCCUACUGAUGAACGACACCAAGAGACGGAUGCUGGAGAAAGGUUACCAGAAGCCAGUUCUACUGCUGCAUCCACUAGGUGGGUGGACGAAGGAUGAUGAUGUGCCUCUGCCUGUUCGUAUGCGUCAGCAUGCGGCUAUCCUCCAGGAAGGAAUUCUAGACCCAGACACAACAGUACUGGCCAUCUUCCCAUCUCCAAUGAUGUAUGCUGGACCUACAGAGGUUCAGUGGCACGCCAAGGCUAGGAUGUCGACAGGUGCCAACUUCUACAUCGUAGGUCGGGACCCUGCAGGGAUGCCACACCCUGAUGGCACCCGUGACUUGUAUGACCCAACACAUGGAGCCAAGGUUCUCACCAUGGCGCCAGGGCUGACACAGCUGGAGAUCGUCCCAUUCAGGGUGGCUGCCUACAACACCAAGCAGAAGGCAAUGGCUUUCUUUGACCCUGAGAAGAAGGAGGAGUUUGAUUUCAUCUCUGGCACCCGUAUGCGUAAACUAGCACGUGAUGGGGAGACACCACCCCCUGGCUUCAUGGCACCAAGUGCGUGGAAGAUCAUGGUGGACUUCUACCAGUCUCUAACACAGCAAUAAUUUAAGAAAUAAAUGGCACUGCUGCACACAUAUUCAUCUCAUUAACCAGGAGAGUAUGCAUAAUCCUGUUCCAUUUGCACAGCUACUCACCCUCGUCAUUUAACAGUCUGUACAGAUUCUGCAUAAAGUGGAGAAAGGUUGUCUGUGGCUAUUUACCAAAUACUUCAUCGACUACCGUCAUGUACAUGUGGUAAAGUAUAUCCUUCAGAGUAACCAUGUGUAUGUACCGGUAUAUCUAUGUAUGUGUGUCGUUUAGUCACUCAUUGGAUGUGUGGGGCACUGUGGUAGCCGGAUGGCUAUUGGCCACCCAUGUUGUAACACUUUUAUGGAUUUCCCACUAUGAUGAACACUUUGCAAAAGUUUUGCUAAAAUAGUGUAAAGCUCUACUCACUGACACAAAGAGACUUAUGUGUUGAGUAUGACGUAUUUACAUUAAAAUCAUAUGAUUGUAUUAAUUAUUUCAAUAUUUCCUGUCAAUGUGUUACUUUUGGGAAGAGCCAAUCAUCAAUAUCACAAAUUCACAGUUCAGUUCCAUCAGCCAUUGGACCUCAUUACCAUCAUUAUGGCCAUGUAUUUAGUCUGUCAACAGAAGAGCCUUUUUCCUCUUUAUGAAUCUGUAGUUGGGAACACAAGAAUAUCAUCAAAUUUGUCACAGGUAUUUGCAUGUGGGAACAAAUAUUUUAACAUUCAUUAUCAGUAUCUUUUCACUGGUAAGUUUUGUUCUGUAUGUUUUGUAAAAGAAUUGUAUGAAUGUGACAAUUUGUGACCAACUUUCUGCUUUUGUUUGUACAACAGUCUUUUUGAUAAGGAACAGAUAAUCCUUAUGUGCCAUUUUUGUUAUACAAACCACUUUUUACAUACAGUUUGCUGCACAACAAACAAUGUUUUAUGUAGAUAUGCAUUGAUAUAAGGCAUGAUUAAUCAGUGGGUGCAAAACACUGAAGCAGAAAAAUGUCUACGCAGAAUGUGAUACUAACCAGAAAUCCGUAGCCUAUACUAUACAACAGAAGUUAAGAACCACCAUUGCAUGACCAAACAAUAGUAGUAAUAGGAGAAAACUGAGAAGUCCUUAACUUCUAUUGGGUGGUAUAUGGUAUUUUAGAUAGCUGAUAGCUGUUCAACAUAUAUAUUACUCAACUUUUGAUUGGGAUUAUCAACUUGCACUGCAAGUGGUCACUUGGUAACUGGUAACUGUCUUGCAAACACUAUUAAUAUUUCCAUUUUGGAGCUUCAUUUCAGGUUAAACAAUCCCGAUCAUAAGUUUAGUUGUAUAUAGAACUACAGGCUUCAGGUAGCGUAUAAAAUGAUGACUUGUUGGAAUCCAUGCCAAAGCAAAUUGUGUUAAUUUGCCAUUGUACAUAACUUUGUGGGAUCAACUAUAUACAAGUCAGUAUGUGUGUUCCUCCAUACUUAGGCGUGUGUUAAGGCCCUGUAGUAGUUGUUGGCUUGUAGAGAAAGGUUGGUAAUAUCUAACAAUAACGGUGCCUGUCAACUGUCUUGGAAACCCUGUCUGUGUGAUCU